ACUCCUUGACUUCCUAACCUUCCUUUUGUCUUCACCACAACACUCCUUCUUUCUUUUUUCAGUUUCGUCGAAAAUACAAUUGCAUCUUUUGUCCCACUAACCCUGUUGUUUUUCCCCACAAUUAAUCCUUAAUCAUCUCUUUUUCAUUCACUCUUUUCUGAGAUUUCAACCUAAAUAUGAUCGUCAACUUCAGAUUUUGUUUCUGCUGUCCUUCUGAAGAAGAUAAAGAAGAAAACACGAGUGUGAACAGAAACAUCGAUUACCCGUGGGAAAGAUAUUCCCUCAAGGAUAUCCUCAAUGCAACGAACAAUUUCCUCAUCGAUAACAAGAUCGGCGAGGGCGGAUGUGGAAGUGUUUACUGGGGUCGCACAAAUUGCGGUUAAGAGGUUGAAGACGAUGACUGCGAAGGCGGAGAUGGAAUUUGCGGUGGAGGUGGAGAUACUAGGGAGGGUGAGACACAAGAACUUAUUGGGAUUAAGAGGAUUUUACGCCGGUGGAGAUGAAAGAUUGAUAGUCUACGACUACAUGCCAAAUCACAGCUUGACUACCCACCUCCACGGCCAACUUGCGGCCGAUUGCCUCCUCGAUUGGUCCCGGAGAAUGAGCAUCGCCCUUGGCUCCGCCGAGGGUCUAGCGUAUUUGCAUCAUGAGGCGAAUCCACAUAUAAUUCACAGAGACAUUAAAGCGAGUAAUGUUCUUUUGGAUAUAAAUUUUCAAGCAAAAGUUGCUGACUUUGGGUUUGCAAAGUUGAUACCGGAUGGUGUUACUCAUUUGACUACUAGAGUAAAGGGGACCUUAGGAUAUUUGGCACCGGAGUAUGCCAUGUGGGGGAAAGUUUCCGAUAGUUGUGAUGUUUAUAGUUUUGGGAUUUUACUUUUGGAGAUAAUUAGUGCAAAGAAGCCGUUGGAGAAACUCCCCGGUGGGGUCAAGCGCGACAUUGUGCAAUGGGUCAGGCCGUAUGUCCAAAAGGGUGCCUUUGAUCACAUUGCAGACCCUAGGCUGAAGGGAAAAUUUGAUCGAGCUCAAUUGAAAUCGACAGUGAUGAUUGCGUUGAGAUGUGUCGACGGUGACCCAGAUAACCGGCCAACGAUGAGAGAAGUCGUGGAAUGUCUGAAGGGCGGUGUGGGAAGGAGGAAGAAAGGGAUGGGGUAUGUGAAAGACAUGGUGGGAGAAGAAGACGAUGGAGAGAACGGAGAUGAUACUUAUUUUGAGGUAUCUAAGAAGGAGGAAUAUGAUUUAAAAAGGACCAAAUCACGAUCAAAAAGGAAGUGAAUGUUGAUUUUCAUUGUUCUGUAUUUUGUAGUGAAUUGAAAUGUAUCUUGUAAGCAUUCAACCAGGCUCGGAUUGAUCAUUGAUGUCUAAUUCUCCUCUUGUUCCUUUCAUGUAAUUUAUUGAUAUGUUUGUAAAUUUGUCCAAUCAAGAAAAAUCGCGAAGACAU